AACACGCGGCGGGACAGGAAGAAAUAUUCUACUCUCUCCGACGACAUAUUUGCAGGACAGCCAGAAAACAAUUAUAAGAACAAAGGAAAGAACGACCGGCGAGCUGAUUUGAUCAGGCGAAGAAUCGGAAGAAAUCCAACAAAAUGUCUUCUUUAGCAGCUGCAAGAGCUGACAACUUCUACUACCCUCCAGAAUGGACCCCAGAGCAGGGUUCUCUAAACAAGUUUCAUGGUCAACAUGCUUUGAGGGAGAGAGCACGGAAACUGGAUCAGGGCAUCCUGAUCAUAAGGUUCGAGAUGCCUUUCAAUAUCUGGUGUGGUGGAUGCAACUCUAUGAUCGCAAAGGGUGUACGGUUCAAUGCAGAGAAGAAGCAAGUUGGAAACUACUAUUCAACAAAGAUAUGGAGCUUUACUAUGAAAUCAGCGUGCUGCAAGCAUGAGAUAGUUAUCCAGACAGAUCCAAAGAACUGUGAAUAUGUAAUCAUAAGCGGGGCUCAGCGAAAAACUGAGGAUUUUGACAUAGAGGAUGCUGAGACAUUUGCCCUUCCAGCUGACGAAGAAAGAGGUAAGCUCUCGGAUCCAUUUUACCGGCUGGAGCACCAAGAAGAGGAUAUAAAAAAGAAGAAAGAGGCUGAGCCUGUACUAGUGCGCCUUCAGCAUCUCUCUGAUGCUAGACAUGCAGAUGAUUAUUCUCUGAACAAGGCCCUGAGAGCCCAACUUAGAUCUCAAAAGAAGCGAGUUGCGGAAGAAGAGGCUGCUUCUAGAAAGAUGGGUCUCGGCAUUCGACUUCUUCCUGCAUCAGAAGAAGAGAGUGCUGCUGCUGGCCGUGUCAAAUUCCCUCCAAAGUUUGACCGAAACAUGAAGGAUAAACGGGCACUGAUCAAAUCCUCUUCCAUCUUCUCUUCUUCUUCCGUUUCUCCAUUGCCAUCAAAUAAAAGAAGAAUGGAGCUCGAAACAAAGAGGAGGAAAAUUAGGGCAGCAGCAGCAUCAAGCUUGUUAACAGGAGGAUUCAAGCCAUCUUCAUGGUCGAGAACAGUGGCUCUAAAGGAGGAAGGCAUAGAGGAACCUUAGUUUCUGCAAGAAAAUCUUAGUUCCUGUCCUCGAGUAGGGGCAACUAUCUGUAGUAGUUUGGUUAAAUUUGAGAAGGGCAAUGAUGUUUGUGUAUAGGUGUAAGCUUUGUUACAUGUGGUCUCGCAGUAUAAAUUUGUGCCUCGGUGGUGGUCGGUAGCUGGUGACCAGGCAUAUCAUCAUGUAUCAGAAGUAUUUGUACGAGGGAUUUAUGGAUAUUUUCUUGAGCAGUGAUACAGAAAUGAAUGCAUGUCCUUUCCCA